UUAGCUGCACACCCAGCACCCGAAUUAAAUGACCAAAGCACACCGGAAUGGAGUGCUGAAAAGACCUGCCUGGAAGUGACCAAAUCGGCUACAUUGGAAAAUCAAAACGAUCCCACUUGCGGCAGCUACGUCUUUUGCUAUGUGUCAAGUGGAGGAGCUACGGCGGUGAUCUUUUCAUGUAAGGCAAAUACCACGUACAUUUAAUUCGACUUUUUCGGCUCCGCAU